AUGCCUCCGAGAAAGAAGAACGCUCGUCGUAAUGCGAACGUCGCUCCCCAGGAACCUGUCGAACCUCGCCCAGACCCUCCGUUUGUUGCUUGGAAGAAGCAGCAAGAGGCGAAUGGGAUGACUCGCGUGCGUCUUGUUGGCGUGACGGAUACACCACCAGCGAUAUGGACGCCAUGCUCAUCAAGCGCGGGACCCUCGCCUACUGGAUUAGGCAACAUUUCUGGCGCCGAAGAUGACGCCCCUACCGAUGGUGCGGACGAGGGAGAGUCGGAUGACGACUCCUACUGUGAUUCCGAUGGCUACACUGCUGCUGACGUCGUUGACGACACUGCUGAGGAUGGCACGGACGUCCGAGCUGACAAAGGCAAGCGCAAAGUUGGAACGACGCCUACGAAAAAGCAGCAUUGGACUGAGGACGAGCUCACCGAACUUGCAGCUGCCAUGUGGAUGGCCAAGGAAGAUUGGGACCACCUCAAGGGAAAGCAAGGCGCGCAGCCUUGGAAGAAGAUUCGCCGCGUGAUCCGGAUUGCCAAUCCGGCGUGGAGGCGCCCGUCGGACGCAAUGGCGAAGCAGUGGAUGCGGCUGAAGAAUCGUUUGGAGGAAAUAGGCGUGGCGGAGGGAGGCACGGGUGGCGAGCCACAGCAACGUCCCGAAUGGUUCGAAUACGUAUACAAUUGGUGGUACGCCAACCGUGCGCCAGAUCCGCACGUGGUUGACGAAGGUGGUGCGCGAAAUGCCAAUGCCGAACCUACCGCGGUUAGGGCGGCGCCUGCUCCUCCUACGGAGGAACCUGAACAACGACACAUGCAUCACAAUAUGCUAACAUACCUACCCACUAUGUCUCCCUCCUACGUCUCCCCCCUACGUCUCCCCCCUACGUCUCCCCUCUACGUCUCCCCCUACGUCUCCCCUCUGCGUCUCCCCCUACGUCUCCCCUCUGCGUCUCCCCUCUACGUAUACCCUCUACCAGCAGGUCCGCUUCCAACUAUUCCGGUUCGUCGUCGCGCCAUGGAGUCGCCGGCGUACGCGGGGCAUCUCCUUGUCGCUGACACGAUUACCCGCCUGAUGACCGAGAGGAACAACAGGCAGGAUGCCGCUUUUGAACGCCUCAUUUCGGUCAUUGAACGCUUAGCGCCCCAGCCGCCACGCGAUGAGCUGCUCCCCACACCCGUGCCAACCACCCCUGGAAGUCAUGUCGGCACGCCUCCCUCGGGUGGAGGCGUUGUCACCGGUGCUCCCACUGCAGCAGGGCCGUCACUGCCACCAGGUUUUGUGAUGGCGCCGACCUGGUUCAGUGGCAGGCAGGUGCCAACCUCCCAAGCUGUCACACCUGGAACUUUCGCGGUACCUGCAAACCGUCCAACUGCACCAAUCUUAGCCACAGCAUCUGCCAUGUCAGCUCCAUCGCAUGGCGCCGAACCAGCUGCUGCAAGGCAGAUGUACGCCGAUGCAUCAUUCCUGAGCAACACCCCAUCUCCUAUUGCAGUUGACGGCAACGGCCAAUGGUACUUUACUGGGGUGCAGCAGGACCAGCAGCCUCCUCGCGGCGCCUGA